AUGUCGUUGUCAAUUUGUCAAACCCGUCUGUCACAACACAGAAUAGGCACUUAAAAUUAUCUUCGAAUUUUAAGUAUAUAUAUUAUGGUAUCCGAAAAUCUGUAGUAUAAUUAAUUAAGUUACUGCUCUGGUCGGGUGUGUGCGAAAGGCAUAACGAAAAUAAUAAGAAAAACUAAUUGAUAUGGAGGAAAAAUAUAUAUUAUCUUUAGAUAUAGGCACUACAACCAUUAGGUCGGUUAUUUACAAUUCAAGAACAGAAAUUGUCGGCAAAGCUGUAGCUCAGGUAACUCUUCACUAUCCCAUUUCUGGUUAUGUGGAAAUUGACCCCGAUGAGCUAUGGACCAUUGUAAUACAUGUUGUAAACACUUGCUUGCAAAAUGCAAAACUCACAGCCGGGCAGAUCACAGCAAUGGGAGUAUCGACACAACGAGGUACAUUCAUAACAUGGUCUAAGACUACGGGGAAACCAUUUCAUAGAUUCAUAACAUGGAAAGAUCUCAGAGCUGACGAAUUAGUGAAGCAAUGGAAUAACUCAUACUCUUGGAAGCUCUUCAGAUUUGGUGCUUAUGUAUUGUAUAUCAUAUCAAGAAGUAACAGAUAUCGCGCAGGGAGCGUGUUUAAAUUUUCAAAUAAUCAGACGACAUUGAGGUUGUACUGGGCUCUACUAAAUAUACCUGAGUUGAAAGUAGCAGUUGAUAAAAAUGACGCCAUGUUCGGCACCUUGGACACUUGGCUGCUGUAUAAAAUGACAGGAAACAAAAUUCAUAUGACAGACGUAUCUUCGGCGUCGGCGACUGGUUUUUACGACCCUUUCACUAUGCAAUGGUCUAAUUGGGCUUUGCAGUUGUUUGGAAUACCAUUAUCUGCCUUACCGACGGUGGUGGAUACUGCCGGUGAACAGUUCACCAGUACCGCACCAGAGAUAUGGGGCCACGCAAUUCCUAUACGGAGUUUUAUAGCAGACCAAACAGCUUCAAUGUGGGGCUCGUGUUGUUUUGACGUGGGUGACGUGAAGCUGACCAUGGGUACCGGGACAUUCUUUAACAUCAAUACGGGUUCUGUACCACAUGCAUCGGUGUCUGGACUCUAUCCUGUAGUAGGGUGGAGGCUGGGUAAUGAAUUAGUCUUCUCAGCGGAGGGGGCGAACAAUGAUACAGCCAGCAUCAUCAAAUGGGCACAGAAUUUAGGUCUGUUCGAUAAUCCCCAAGACACAGCUGAGAUUGCCAUGUCGGUGCCGGAUUCUGACGACGUAUUUUUCAUACCUGCUUUCAGUGGAUUGGGACCACCGUAUAACGACUGUACUGCGGCUUCCGGCUUCGUCGGCAUGAAGCCGUCUACGACCAAAGCCCACCUCGUACGAGCCGUCCUCGAGUCCCUGGCGUUUCGUACUGCACAGCUAUAUUCUUGCGUCAGAACUGAAACUUCGUACACGUUCAAUAGUAUUAGGUUAGAUGGAGGUGUAUCCAAUAACGACUUCAUAGUUCAACUAGUAGCAGAUUUAACAGGGCUACGUGUUAUCCGACCAGUAGAAGUUGAAAUGUCUUCCCUUGGUUGUGCUCAUAUCGUUGGUUUACAUUUAGGUAUUUUCUCAUCGAAAGAAGAGUUGAAAUCACUUCGUAAAAUAGGCACCGUAUUUACGCCUCGGCCUCAGGUCAAAAAGUCGUACGAAGUGACCGUAGCCAGAUGGGAAGAAGCUGUCAAGAGGAUGUGUGGUUGGUAUUUAGGAAAUAAGUCAACUCAAUAUCGAAACUCAAUACACGACUCGAGCAACUCGAUCAAGCCACAGAACAGCUUCAAAGUUGGAUCGAUAAAGAAAAAUGGAUGUUCCAAAUAGCGGUGGCUUUUUUAUUUGCUUCUAUUCAUCGCGUGCAUUCCAAUAUGCAGAUGAUAUUGGGCAUCCCUCAGUAGUUUUAGGAUAUAUUGUUGGUAUAUAUAUGUUUUGACGACUUCGUAG